UGCUCACUUCUCUUGUUUGUGUCCUUUGCUACUUGCCAAAAGCCAUCAUUUCAACUUUGGUUUAGCAAAUGGGAAAUCAUGAUUAUCUACAAAAUAUACUGUAAUAGGAUGUGAAUGGGUUGAUUGGUUUAAACCGAGCUAUUUCUAACUUGCUUCUAAGGAUACUGAUAUAUCUUUGGAGGAUGAUAUGGAUAAAAGUUAAAAAUAGUUUACUCUUAAGCAUUUGAUGGUUACUCAUAGAGCUUGACUGAAAGACAAGCAUCAUCUAGUUCAAUCAUCAAAAAUUAUUUUUCAUGCUUACUAUAUACUUCACCUAGAGUCCAUUUUAAACGCAUGGCCUUGUGUUCUGUUCCUUAGUUAUUGUAAUGUAAUCACACAUCAUGAUUUCCAGAAUGAGAGUUAGACAUAUACUUAGCUAGUUUCGAAUUUGAUUUUGCUGUUCUUGGAUUGUUUAUUAUCCUGCUAGAUUAGAAUUAAGAAGUUUGGUCAAUGGGAAGACUGGAUUUGCACUUGAUCUGAUGGAAAAUAUAGAUUAGAGUCCAACAAAUGUUUUUCAAUAUGUGUUUGAAUUAUACAUGUAUAACUAGUUUUGUUUGAGACCAUAGAUGAUAAUAUAUUCGAAACUGGGAUUCCAUAGAUCUGUUGGGAAUUGAGAUCAUAGGAUUGUAUUGUUCUGUGACAAUUCAUUCAUUGAUCCUUUUAGUUUAAAGUUUCUGAGUCAAAAAUCUUUGAAAUUUUUUUGUAGUGGCUACUCCAAAGCAGAUUAGGGAACUUAUGCAAGUAGAUGGCUUAACCAAUGAUGAAGUUAAGAGUCAUUUGCAGAAAUACCGGCUACACACACGAAGACUUCCAGCUACCACAACAACAACAACCCCUGCAAAUCAAUCAGGCCUUGUUUUUGGUGGUGGUCAUGCAUGGAUGUGUCAAGAUCAGUUUGGAGAAUCCUCGAAAGGGAACAGUUCGCAGUUGGGUUCCCCUCAAGGUCCUCUCCAGUUAGCCACAAACACUGGAGGGACCUCCACUACAGGGUGUGAGAGCAUGGAAGAUGAUGAAGAUGCAAAAUCCAAGUGCUAUAGUUGGAAAAGCCAUGUUCAGAAACCCAGAAAAAACAAUGUAUAGAGUUUACCCACCAUGAAUUUUGCAGAUAAAAAAAGAAAAGAAAGAAAGUAUACAUGGGAGGAAAUCAUUUAUCUUAUACAACCACUGUAUUUAUACAUAUAAAAGGAGAAGGAUCUUGAGAAUUGAGAGAGACAUGUAAAAUUUUUGCAGGAUUUAACUUUCCUUGGAUAUUGGAUUCAUGUAUUUGUUUUAUUGCACAACUAGUAAAGAAUUCCUGUUAUCAUCAA